AUCACAGGCUCCAGAAGCAUUCAGCACCACUGUGUAAUUCUUCCCUUCACAUAGUAGCAAGUGACGCUGUAGUGGAGUGUCUGUUUAAAGGGAAAAGUCACGUUUGACAUAUUUAUGCCCAGAUCCCAGUUCCAGCUAACAGCUUAGCUGGAGCAGGGGUGAGGAAGAGGCAUCAAAAGAACUAAGAACUUAUUUUUGUUUUAAACAAAGGAGGCUUUUCUUUUUCUUUAAAGCAACUGAAAAAGCUGAUCCAGAAAGCGAAAGCUUCUCAGUGCUAGCUGCACAGUGCACAGUGAACAGAUCAAGAAAGUCAACUAAUGCUACACAAAACCAGCAUUCCAGCAGUGAGGAGUCCCCAGAGGGAGGGAAUUGCAACUGGGAAUUCAACUAGAUGUCAAAGAGGAAGCUGCUUCUUUUGGUGGACGUGGAUCUUAUUUAACACUGGAUUUGUGUGCAUCGCUCUUCAGAUAACCACCUGGAAAUCUGUUGUGCCUUCCCUUCAAAACAAGCAAGUGCUGCUAUACAAAGCAUUUCUUCUUCUCUGUUUGGCUUACAGUACAGGGUUUUGUUAAAGAGGAGAGUCUUUUUUUCUAUGAACGGCAGGCUGCCACAUUCCACUCCCAGGAAAAUUAAGAAGAUCCUGUCAACUCAUCCUAGAUAAUCAGUUCAGUUCACACAGAAGACCCAAUCCAUUUGGCAUAAACCCUGGUUUUGUUUGAGAGAACAAGUGCCCAAACAAGAGGGGAAGACAAUUUAAGCAAGAACAUGUAUAGUGAAUUGUUAAAUUCAACCAGUGCCACUGAAGCUCACCUAAUCAUUCAGACCAACACACCCUACCUGAACAGCACACAGAGACCAGUAAGCUCCUCCGCGUUUUAUAUGUCAACAGCCAGGGUGUUAAAAGAAGGGGAAAUAAAUAAGCCAGAUCUGGUGACUUACGUUGUUCUGUUUUUCUUCCUGCUUUUGACUGUGAUAAUAAUUGUGCUCUUUAUUAACUGUCAGUUGAAAAAUUCUUUUUUUGCUACUCUACCUUAUGAUAGAUCACUCAGAGAAACAAGGAGUACAUGGAGGACACAAGCUGUCUAAAGCCAGAAAGAGGAAGCCUUGUUUAAUACAGUUUUGCUUUGAUAUAUAGCAGUAGCAUGAGCCAGAAAACUUGUGCAAUAAAAUGUUAUUUCCUUACGCUGUUAAGUGGAUCCAAUCCCCUUUCAAAUAAUAUUUGGAGUCUCGGUAUUAAGAGAAAAAAAAUCUGUGCAGGGAAAAAAUAUUGCUGAAUGUAUAUUAGAGUAGAUGUAAAUAAAAAGUCCUUUUAUGAAUUAAAAAGAUAAAGCAUUGUUAUGGUUAAUUUCUGUACAGAGAUACAUACAAAAGAAAUGCAUUGCAGAUAGUAGAAACCUCUGUUUAACUCUAUAUGUAUGCAAAUUUCAUCACUGACCCAUUCAAUCAAGGUACAAUGGCAUUUGCCUUGACAAUAAUCUCUAAUUUGUGCAUCUGGUGGAACUGUAGCCUGUAUUUGGGAAAUCAUGGCAUCAAAUGUAGAAAUGUUAAAAUAUUUACUUGAGGGCCACAAUGAGGAAAUCAAUUUACUUUACAGACCCAUUUUGCUUUAUUGUUACCAGAAACAUGUGGCAACAUAAUGGAAGAUAUUUCUGGUAAACAUCAUAAGCCAAACAUGCUUCUAGUUUUAUUUAGCAUCUCUUCUGUGAUUCUGUUAACCAGCAUUCUUGACGUUCUAGUGCAGUGAUACUCCGACCUCUGUGGCUCAGGAGCCAAAUUAGUGAUCAACAUUAUCCAAAAGCUCCACGGUUGGGGUGAAUUCAUUGUUUCAUUUGCUAUAGUACUAUUCAUAUUUAAAUGGUAUGAGAGGGGAAAUACUUAGUUUUAUACAUAUUAUUCCCACAGCAAAUAAGUUAUUAACUUAGUGGAAGUGCGUAACUUAAUUGGUUAAUAACAUAGUAAAACAUCCAGAUUGGUAAAUAACUUAGAUUGGUUAAUAAUUCAAUCACAGUGUUGUAAUAUCAUGUGCUGCUAAGAGCAGCAGGAGACACCUUAAAGAGCCACUUGUGGCUCGCGAGCCACAGUCUGAGUAUCACUGUCAGAUUUUCAGGCCUCAGUUCUGCCAAAUGGACCACUUAAGAAUGAGGUAACUUGGUUAAAACUUUCUUGAGCAACACCAACAAACACAGCAUUAACCAAAGUAGCAACCCAAAAGGAUCAUUAGGGGUGGGAAAAUGCCACUGUGGCAUGGAAACUAAUUAUGAGAGGAUAACAUCAGUCCCAUUUCAGUGCAAACAAAAUGAGUACCAAAUUGAAAAGCGGGAAUCACAAUUUUAUAAGAAUGGUUUCUUUUAUGCUCACAAUUAUUUUCAUCCCAUGCUUUUGGUAUAUUGCUGGAAAAAUUAGAAGCAUGGAUGGAGGAUGGUGCCAUUUACUCAGCAGUGGUCACUGGUGACAAAUUUAAAUUGCACUUAAUUAGCAAUGAAGCGCUGUUAUAAGAGCUGCAUGAAAAUGUUUGUUUAAACUUACUAAUUGACUUGAUUCUUUACGUGUACAAAAAUGUGAUUUACUACAGAGCUGCAUACUUCUAUUCUGUAAUCCAAGUUUUGCAGAGGAAGAACUGCACAGUGACUGAUAUGCAUUGUCAUUCUAUUUAAUAGUCAAAGAAUGUCCCAUACCUAGUGGUUCACCAAGGGCGAGGCUGUAGGUAUACAGGUGUAUGUAUAUAGACACAUACACAGAAGGCCAGAUUCUACUCUUAGUGACACUGGUACAAUCCAAGUGAAACAAAUAGGAUUCAGUUGGUGUCACCAAGAGCAAACGUUGUACCUAUGUUUCAGUUCAUUAACAUAGUGGGAAUGCUGUCUGUAUGUAACUUCUUUUAAAGCCAACUGGAAAAA